CCGUCCCCAUCCGCCCCGAUGUUGCGCUUCCCGACCUGCUUCCCGUCCUUCCGGGUGGUGGGCGAGAAGCAGCUGCCGCAGGAGGUGGUUUUCCUGGUCUGGUCGCCCAAGCGGGACCUCAUCGCCCUGGCCAACACGGCCGGCGAGGUUUUACUUCACCGACUUGCAAGUUUUCACAGAGUUUGGAGUUUUCCACCCAAUGAAAAUACAGGAAAGGAAGUGACCUGCCUGGCUUGGAGACCAGAUGGCAAACUUUUGGCCUUUGCUCUGGCGGACACCAAGAAAAUAGUCCUAUGUGAUGUGGAGAAACCUGAAAGCCUGCACUCUUUCUCGGUAGAGGCACCUGUCUCCUGUAUGCACUGGAUGGAAGUGACUGUGGAAAGCAGUGUUCUAACUUCCUUUUAUAAUGCUGAGGACGAAUCAAAUCUUCUUUUACCUAAACUACCUACAUUGCCAAAAAACUACAGCAAUACCUCAAAAAUAUUUAGUGAAGAAAAUUCUGAUGAAAUCAUUAAGCUCUUGGGAGAUGUCAGGCUUAACAUUUUGGUCCUUGGAGGAAGCGCUGGAUUUAUUGAACUUUAUGCUUAUGGAAUGUUCAAAAUUGCUCGAGUCACUGGGAUCAUUGGCACUUGCCUGGCACUGUGUUUAUCCAGUGAUUUGAAGUCCUUGUCCGUGGUCACAGAGGUCGCUGCUAACGGUGCAGCUGAAGUCUCAUACUUCCAGCUUGAAACCAAUCUGUUGUAUUCCUUUUUACCUGAAGUAACUCGGAUGGCCAGAAAGUUUACUCAUAUUUCAGCUUUAUUACAGUAUAUAAAUCUGUCUCUCACGUGCAUGUGCGAAGCAUGGGAAGAAAUCCUGAUGCAGAUGGAUUCGCGCCUCACCAAGUUUGUACAGGAAAAGAACACAACGACCUCAGUGCAAGAUGAGUUCAUGCACUUGCUGCUGUGGGGGAAAGCCAGUGCUGAACUUCAGACUCUUCUAAUGAACCAACUAACUGUGAAGGGCUUAAAAAAGCUUGGCCAGUCUAUAGAGUCUUCCUAUUCCAGCAUCCAAAAAUUAGUUAUAAGUCAUUUGCAGAGUGGCUCUGAGUCCCUAUUAUACCACUUGAGUGAACUGAAAGGAAUGGCCUCCUGGAAGCAAAAAUAUGAGCCUCUUGGACUCGAUGCUACAAGAAUUGAAGAUGCCAUCACUGCCGUGGGGUCUUUCAUUCUUAAGGCAAAUGAGCUUCUUCAAGUUAUAGACAGUAGCAUGAAAAACUUCAAAGCAUUUUUUCGGUGGCUAUAUGUGGCAAUGCUGAGGAUGACAGAAGACCAUGUGCUUCCCGAGCUGAAUAAGAUGACUCAAAAAGAUAUCACAUUUGUUGCUGAAUUUCUUACUGAACAUUUCAAUGAGGCUCCAGACCUCUAUAAUAGAAAAGGAAAGUACUUUAACGUUGAAAAAGUUGGUCAGUACCUGAAGGAAGAGGAUGAUGACCUUGUGUCCCCACCUAAUACGGAAGGAAACCAGUGGUACGACUUCUUGCAGAACAGCAGCCACCUGAAAGAAAGUCCAUUGCUGUUUCCUUACUAUCCUCGAAAAUCACUGCAUUUUGUGAAAAGGAGGAUGGAGAAUAUUAUUGAUCAGUGUUUACAAAAGCCAGCGGACGUAAUUGGAAAAUCGAUGAACCAAGCAAUCUGUAUUCCAUUAUACAGAGAUGCUCGAAGUGAGGACUCAACUCGGAGAUUGUUUAAAUUUCCUUUUCUGUGGAAUAAUAAAACUUCAAAUCUACAUUAUCUUCUUUUUACUAUUUUAGAAGACUCACUUUAUAAAAUGUGCAUCUUAAGGAGACAUACUGACAUUUCCCAAUCUGUAAAUAAUGGACUAGUUUCUAUUAAAUUUGGGAGCUUCACAUAUGCUACAACUGAAAAAGUGAGAAGGAGCACCUACAGCUGUUUGGAUGCACAGUUUUAUGACGAUGAAACCGUGACAGUGGUUCUCAAAGAUACUGCAGGACGCGAAGGAAGGGACAGGCUCUUGGUCCAGCUGCCUUUGUCUCUGGUGUAUAACAGUGAGGACGCAGCAGAGUCGGAGUUCACUGGGUCCUACUCCACCAGGCUGGAUGAACAGUACAGCACUAUCCCCACACGGACCCUGCAUUUCGAGAAGCAUUGGCGAUUACUGGAGAGUAUGAAAGCACAGUACGUGGCCGGGAAUGGUUUCCGCAAAGUGUCCUGCGUGUUAAGUUCCAAUCUCCGUCACGUGAGAGUGUUUGAAAUGGACAUUGACGACGAAUGGGAGCUCGACGAAUCGUCAGACGAAGAGGAGGAAGCUGGGAGCAAGCCCUUGAAAAUCAAGGAAGAAGUGGUGUCGGAGUCGGAGUCUGAGAACCAGCCAGCGGGGGCUGCUGCCUUAGCUCCGGAAAUCGUCGUGAAAGUGGAAAAGCUGGACCCUGAGCUGAACCCUGACCUAGCCUAGCUGCUCUGUCCUGACUCGCCCUGGCAGAGGUGGACUCAGUAUUUGGGACAAUGUCUAAUUCUCUUUGUGUAACAGAAAAAUAAACAGAAAAUUGUCUUUUUUUUUCUUA